GAUGUUCUAGAGACAUAGACUGGUCCUCAAAAGUUGCACUUGUUGGUGGCAUUUUCCGACGUUCAUGUAAAUAUUCUGUCUUCUGGCCAACUUGUGGGUGGCAUAUUCCCACGCUCAAUUAAGUCUUCUGGAUGGCUUGGUACAGGUAUUUCAUGAGUGAAAAUUAUAAAAUUAGCUAUGAUUAAAGAGAGAUUAGUGUGCCAAUUUUGUCUCAAGCAUCUGUGGUUCGUUAGUAUUUUUUUUUUUUCAACUCACUUAGUCUUCGUGCAAAACAUUUUUGUGUCGCCGAAAAGCUCAAUUUUUGCUUUUACGAUGAUGAUCCUCCGGCACAUUUGGCACUAUGCAAAACUAAUUUGUUUUCGACGAUGAAUUCUUCCAUUCGUCGUCGCCACAUUCAAUACGUCACUCCUCCACACAAAAUAUUGACGAAGCUGCUCUAUCGCACGUUCGACCAUAAAUCAGAUCUUCGACCACGCGCCACGACGACCAACGAACAAAACAACGUCGAGAAGCACCACCAACAACAGGAAAAGCAAGACAGAUAAGCGAGACAAUCUGGUUAGACCAUUCUACACCCUAAGGAAGGAUAAGUUCACUAGAUCUGUAGGGUACCUGCGAGCAAAAGAAGACCUUGCAAACGAUCCAACCGAGGAGAUAACGAACGACAACGACAACACAGACGACCACAAAGAGUCCGUCGUCAAAACCAUGAGCAAUGCCACAGAUGCCACAGAAGAAACGACGGAGUCCAUAAAGGACGAUAACAAACUGAAAGUUGUCAACACUCUUCUGCUGCAGUCGAUACGAGAUGACGAAAGUAGAGACAACGGUGGGCUGGUCAUGGUUGCAACGCUUGUCCAAAGAGUUUUCACUCCAGAAGAGAUGAAAGUAGACAGUAAAGGGCAGGUUGACGGUGAAGAUAUCUAUUUCCCUUAUCGCUUCAAUGAAAUACCGGUCAAUGUUGAAAAGAUACGAACAAGAUGCUUAAAAGGAAAGAAAAAUCGUAAAAUCAUAGGAGUCGUAUCAACCUUUCAGGCAAUCAUUCCAUUACAAGUUGAGACUAUUCUGCCUUGCUUUCCCUUUCAAAUCAGUGUUGGGAAAGUAAGUAUUGAACUAAGUUCAGUCACAUUUGGUGAGGGAAUCACCUACCGACCAGACUUGCAACUCCACACCAAAGAGCCACGGCACAAUUUCUGCAUCAAUAAUCUAGAAGCACAUGUCUCGCACAGUAAAAUCUUGGACAACAUUACGUCACGAGAGGAGAAAAUGCAGAAACAAAAAGAAAAAAAGAAGGAUUGGUUCAAAAUUUUGGAAAAGAUCGACAAAUCUGAGAACUAUGAUUUUGUCUCACCCUAUCCCCAAAUUUACUACCAGUAUGAUAAAAGAAAGAACUACUGCCCACGUUUUGUCCUCUCCUUCAUUGUCAACAAGUACAGUUUUGCGUGCUUUGUGAGGUUCAUCCUUCCCAUGUUUCUUGUGACAAUCAUUGCGACAUUGAAUGCGGUGCAUGAUUUUAUGGAAGGAAUGGAUGUUGGUGGCCACUUGCAAGUGACAUCGGCGUUGACGUUGACAGUUGUAUUUAUCUUGCCCGAUAUUAUGGACUCAAGCUAUCAGAACAAAAUCUUGACCAGUGGGAAUUCAAUUGUCCUUGUUUACUUUUUUGGGAUGCUAUUAUCAAGUAUUCCUCGACACAGUUUUGAUGGUGAGGUGUCUGCAUCGCAAUUAUAUGCAAUUCCAGAGUUGAUUGGAGUGGUGCUGAUGGGAUGCUCUCUAUGUUUUCCAAUUUGGCAUGCUUGUGUGUAUUAUAGGAUCACCACAAAAAUUCAAUCUCAGGCGGACUGUAAAACUCAAAAAAAAGCUUUUCUUAAGGACACGUCGUGUAAAAACUGGAUUCCUGAAGACAGUAACGAUUGCAUCCAGACUGUUGUAUCCAUCUUGGAUGAGAAGAACCUUGAAAUGUACAACGAGAAGUACAACGAGAAGGACAACGAGAAGGGCAACGAGAAGGACAACGAGAAGGCCAACGAGAACGGCAACGAGAACGGCAACGAGAAUGUUGAAGAUAAAGAGAAGCCGCGAUACCGCCGUCUCCAUUUCGAACCCAAAAGAAAAAAAACAGAAAGGAAAAAGCCAGAUCCUUCAGUCGUCACCUGGUGUUAGAUACUUCGGUAAUAAUAUUAUUCGUAUAAA